GACGACGAAAACGACUAGAAUCAGAAAUUUAUGGUCACGGAAAAGAAGUUAUUUCAGGAGCCACUUUUACAAUUGUAGAAAAAUCAAAACCAACCAUUUCUGAAACUAAACAAGUUAUUGGUCAUGCAGCACAAAAAGGCAAAGAGUUUACUUAUGGAGUGAUAGCAUUAAAUGCCAUACCUUUAACGAUCCUAUUGACAUUUCUUUUUGUUACAACAAGUAUUGUUAUGUUGAUCACUGACGAUAAUACAACAUCACCAUCUUUUAUCCUUCCUAAAACUAGUAGAGUUCUUAUAGGAAGUAAGGAAGGUGGCAUUGGUGGUGAUGGAAGUAAAGAAUUAAUCGAAGAAAUAAUAAUUUUACCAUAUUGA